GGGAGGUGGUAUUAACCUGAGCAAAAGUUGAAGAUUGUGACCAGAGAUCCGAACCUGCCAAAUUUUCUGCCCAAACGGAACAGACAGAGAGGCACGGAGGUCGAUUGCCAAUCGCAAACUCGACAGCACCGCGGGCGCAUCGCGCAAGUACGCAUCGAAUCCGAAGAGCCGAAACAUCACUUAGAAAGCUUAGCUGUCGGCGGCGCCGGCGGAACGACCGCGAGUAUGCGCGCCACACCCUCGCUGAUGGCCAAGGGCAUAUUCUCCCGAACGAUGGACGAGUUCAAGCGCCGCGCAAAAAUUGCCACAAAGGCCGAAGGCAUCUAUGGCCCCUCGGGUCCCUACAACCUCCAAGACUUCCGCAAACCGGGCUCGACCGACGAUUGCAAACUCAUGUCCGACCAAGAGAUUGGCGGCUUCUCACACAGCGCCCUCGACUGGGUCUCCUCAUCCCCCUCUACGACGACAACAUCACCACAAAGCACACCGACGACAAGUGCAGGCCACGCCCGCUUCCACGGCACAAUAUCAACAGAGCUCCCCAAAAACGACCCCAAAAUCCAACGCACAGGUUUCGCGGCAUGGCGGACGCCAGACCAGAAGCCCACGCUCUUCGGUAAGGCGGUCUGGGACAUUGAUCCCUACUCCUACCUCGCGAUGCGCGUCAAGUCAGACGGCCGGAGCUACUUUAUCAACCUACAGACGGACUCAGUGGUGCCGACGGAUCUGCACCAGCACAGGCUUUUCGCGAAGCGGCCGGGGGAGUGGGAGACGGUGUUUGUCAAGUGGAACGAGUUCGUGCGGACGAACCACGGUUUCGUCAUUGAGCCGCAGACGGAGAUGCUGCGGUCCAAGGUUACGACGGUGGGCGUGGGGCUUACGGAUAGGGUGCCGGGACCGUUUGAGCUUUGUAUUGAGAGGAUUUGGGCGACAAAUGAUGUUGAUGAGGUUGAUGGGGGUAGUGAGGGUGAUAUCUUGGCUGCCCAGGAGGCGAGAGAGGCGCGGGAGAGCGAGUUGAAGAAUAAACAAGGGGAAAGCGUUCGCUGGAAGGAGACGUGAGGAGGGAUGGUAGUCUUUGAACGGAUAUCAACUUUGAAAAGGGGAGCGGCAUCGGUCUGGGCAUAAGACUACAAGCUCCUGAAUGGAACAUGUUCGCCAGAGGGUACAUUUUGGCUUGGGGAAGCAUUUGGAAUCAGCAACCAGCUCGGCCGAAGGUUGCUCGGUUCAACAUCAAAUAUUGUAGCAAUAUCUGUAAGAUGACAUACAAACAUAAUGCAUCAUGUCAAAAACCAGGGGCAAUGUUAGAAGGGGAAGCGAUGAUAUCGUGCCACUUAGCACACAAGAACACCUACUUGGUGGAUUGUCA